AUGACAGAACCUCAGUGUCUUGUAUCAGUUCAAGUACAGCAGCCUUCGGUCCGUGAUCCAUCUCAGAUCACCAGCAGCCUAUACCUUAGUAGUGGUGUGGCUGCCAACAACAAAUUGGUGCUAUCUAGCAACCGUAUCACCGCAGUCAUCAACGUAUCGGUGGAAGUGGUAAACACCUUCUAUGAAAACAUUCAAUAUGUGAAGGUCCCUGUGGUCGAUGCACCCACCUCCAUCCUCUAUGACUUCUUUGACCCCAUAGCUGACUACAUCCACAGCGUAGAGAUGAAUCAAGGCCGCACGCUGUUGCACUGUGUCGCAGGAGUAAGCCGCUCGGCUUCCUUCUGCCUUGCCUACCUGAUGAAUUAUCACUCCAUGUCGCUGCUGGAUGCCCACACCUGGACGAAGUCUUGUCGACCCAUCAUCCGGCCCAACAACGGCUUCUGGGAACAGCUAAUCCACUAUGAGUUCAAGCUGUUUAGCAAGAACACCGUACACAUGAUCAACUCACCAACGGGUUUAAUCCCUGAUAUCUACCAGAAGGAGGCUGGAUCGAUCGUGUCAGUGUGA